GCGUAAAUCUGUAAGAGGUAAGGUACCUGAUACCCUAUAUAUAGAAGUACCUGGACCAGCUCUCCAUAAUUUUUACUCCGGAAACUCCCACUCAAAAUUUGCAUCAAAAUGGCCAAGACUACUAAGAUCAUUCCCGUUAUAAUCAUCUCAUUCUACUUGGUUUUCGCUCAACUUUGGAUAGGCGGCUUUUCCCUUGAGCUCGAAGAUUCAUCAGUUGUCUUCCGCCCGUUUGCAAACACGUCUACUAACAUGAAUUCUUCGGAUGGAUACAGCAAAAUGUUGCCGCCAACGUCCAUCGUCAGAGCUGGAGGAUUUAGGAAAAUGUUACAGAUAUAUUGCAUUCCUUGCCCGCAGUCGGGCUGCCUGGAUUCGGAUUUCUGCCGAGUACAAUGUUGCCCUCGUUGUGCGCAAUGCCCUUAUACCGCCGCUUGUGGGGGUGUUUAUAACUGCGAUGAAUGCUGCGCAGUGAAUUUCCCCGAGUGACAUGACUAGGUCUUUAGAUAAAGAAGGGAAACGGAGGUCCAUUUGUUUAGUUUGGUUAUGUUCAAAGA